UCUAACAAAAAUCCAGCAUUCUCGGUAUCAACGCCUAUCCAUGAAAACCCAUUUACAUUUGUAGCAGUCACAAAGAUUUGGAUCUCAAGUCAUUCAUUGUUAGUAGAAUAGCCCCUCUGCUUUUCUUAAAAGAAGUCAGCUGCAAAUUUGACUUGAAUUUCCAAACCCGUCCUAAAUCCCGAAUACUCCACCGCCUGCCCUGCCCCCUUCGGCAUCGCGUUUCCGAAAUCUGGAUUUCUUGUAAUUUCACUUGACCAGCCCCGUUGCAUCUCUUUUAUUUUGUCUUGUCACAAGGCUAAUCCGACAUUAUUCUCAUUCCAAAAUGGGGGAGCUCGUGGUUGAAAAGCAUAUCAAAUAUAUCAUAUCAAUUGAAAAGAAAAAGGAUGAUUUUGCGUCUGUGGUGAUGCAGCACCUGAGAUUGAAUGGCGCUUAUUGGGGAUUGACUACUCUGGAUGUUUUAGGAAAGCUUGAUGCAGUGGAUCAGGAUGAGGUUAUUCCGUGGAUCAUGCAAUGUCAGCAUGAAUCUGGUGGUUUUGGUGGUAAUAUAGGGCAUGAUCCUCACCUGCUCUACACAUUAAGUGCUAUUCAGGUUUUAGCACUAUUUGACAAGACAGAUGUUCUUGAUAUUGAGAAGGUUGCCAAUUAUAUUGCAAGCCUACAGAAUGAAGAUGGCUCAUUUUCUGGUGACAUUUGGGGUGAAAUAGAUACCAGGUUUUCUUAUAUUGCAAUAUGCUCCCUCGCAUUACUAAAGCGUUUGGAUAAAAUAAAUGUAGAAAAAGCUGUAGAGUACAUUGUUAGUUGCAAGAAUUUAGAUGGUGGAUUUGGAUGCACACCUGGAGCAGAAUCUCAUGCCGGACAAAUUUUCUGUUGUGUGGGCGCUCUUGCUAUUACUGGCUAUUUAGAUCAUGUUGACAAGGACCUCCUUGGAUGGUGGUUAUGUGAACGACAAGUAAAAUCUGGAGGCUUAAAUGGGCGUCCUGAGAAGCUUCCUGAUGUAUGCUACUCGUGGUGGGUUCUUAGUAGUUUGAUUAUGAUCGAUAGAGUUCACUGGAUUGACAAGAAAAAGCUCGUAAACUUCAUCUUGGACUGCCAGGAUAAAGAGAAUGGUGGAAUCUCGGAUAGGCCCGAUGAUGCUGUUGAUGUAUUCCACACCUAUUUUGGUGUUGCUGGUCUAUCACUUCUUGAAUAUCCUGGACUCAAAGCUAUAGAUCCAGCUUAUGCAUUGCCUGUGGAUGUUGUAAACAAAAUUUUCCUCACCAAAUAAGUGUAGCAUCACCCUUGAUUAAUAAAUUUCUAGUGCUGAUAUUUCUCUUUUGGCUAUAAAUUAUUGAAUGUGAUGUAGUACAAUUCAUGUUAGUUCUCCAAAUUUUUGGAAAGGAAUACUCAAUUCUGAUCAUUAGAUGGAUCAUUAAUUUGUUUGGAUUUGUAUUUCUAUCUAAUCAAGACGAUGAUUAUAUGUAAUAGUAUGUUCUUUUCUGGAUCAAUUUCAUAUUUUUUCGUUA